GAUUGGGUGCGGCUGUCGGUCGAACGAAAUUCCGCUGCGUAGGCGCCGAGAAAUGCAGCCGUUGGCGCCUAUUUCCUCAGCCUUCCUCAACAUCGCUGGCUCUGCUAAAUUCCUCCUAUCUUGUUGCCUUCACUCAUAAACGACGUUGCACCACAACUAAUGUACAUCUAGGUGUUUGCGAAGACCAACAGCAGUCUGAGCUGCAAUGGCUGAGACUCUCGCUGCAGUCGCCAGCAUCGUCCAACUCGUCGACGUUAGUUCGAGGCUCGUCCGUCGCCUUGAGCAGUUCCACUCCGACACAGGAGAAGUUCCGAAGUCCCUUCGCCACAUCAGCACUGAGCUGCCUGUGUUGAGUACCACCCUGCAUCGAAUCCGGCAAGCGGUCGAGGCGGACUUAGUAGACGACGGCACCAAAGAGGUCCUUAUACCUGUGAUCGAUGGGUGUCGAGAACAGAUAGAGCAACUGAACGCCAUUCUUGCAAAGACGCUACCGGCAACCAAUGACAGCUGGCGUACAAAGAGCAAGAAGGCGAUAGUAAGCCUGCACCAAGACGACAAAGUCGAGAGCAUUACGAAGAUUUUACGAAACUACAUCGCAACCCUAACGUUCUAUCAUGCGGCGGCGUCGUCGACCCUGCAGCCGCUUACAGAUGCAAAACUCGCAAAGAUACGCCAGUGGCUAUCUGCACCGGAUCCUUCCACGAACUAUCAGAAAGCGCUUAAACAACGGCAAGACGACACUGGUCAGUGGUUCCUCGAAAGCGACCAGUAUGCCGCGUGGAAGACGGAUGCCGCAACGUUCCUUUGGCUUCAUGGCAUCCCGGGAUGCGGAAAGACUAUCCUCAGCUCGACUAUUCUCCAGAGCGUGCUCCAACACUGCAACAAUGAUCCCGGGAAGGCAGUUGCGUACUUCUACUUCGACUUCAAUGACGCGCAGAAGCAGAAUUCAGAGCUUAUGCUACGGUCAUUGAUCUGUCAGCUCUCACAGCAGUGCAUUAGGAUCCCAACGAGCCUCAACACGCUGUUCUCCUCUUGCGAGAAUGGGCAGCGACAGCCGUCUCUACAUGCCCUUGUGGAAGUGAUGCAGCAGAUGGUGCAGGAAUUCCCGCACGUCUACGUAGUCCUCGAUGCUCUAGACGAGUGUGCCGAGCGUUCGGAGCUGACAGACAUCCUCGAGACGACGGCUGCAUGGCAGCUUCAAAACUUGCAUGUCCUCGUGACAAGCCGCAAAGAACGAGAUAUCGAGAGUUCGUUGGAGACCUUUAUAGAUCAGGAAAAUAUCGUCCACCUUCAGAGCGAGCUGGUAGACAGAGACAUAAAAAAAUACGUUCGGCAAAGGUUGGCUGCCGAUAGAAGCCUAAGCAAAUGGCAGAAAGACACCACCGUCAGGCUGGAGAUUGAGGCCGCUCUCAUGAAAGGAGCACGUGGAAUGUUUCGAUGGGCUGUCUGCCAGCUAGACACGCUAGGGAAGUGUCGUAAUCGAGCAAUGCUACGGAAAUCACUCGCAGCCCUUCCCCCAACGCUGGACAAAACGUAUGAUCGCAUCCUUUGCGCGAUUGGAGAAGAGGAUUCCCAAUACGCUGUCCGCAUCCUGCGGUGGCUGACGUUCUCAGCUCGGCCGCUCUCGGUGGAUGAGGUCGCUGAAAUAGUCGCCAUCGAUGUGGAGCGCAACCCCGCUUUCGAUCGCGAGGAAGUCCUAGAGGAUCCGCUGGAGGUAUUGAACAUAUGCGGUAGUCUUGUUACUAUGACUAUGGACGAAGGAGAUGGGAGGUUGCAGCCAACAAGACAAGUCGUUUUGCUGGCGCAUUACUCCGUUAAAGAGUAUCUCCUCUCGGACAGAAUCUUGAGAGGUCGGGCAGCUCGCUAUGGCAUGCAAAGCGCUGCGUGCCACGACGCUAUAGCACAGGGCUGCCUUGGAUACCUUCUUCAAUUUCAAGGAUCAGAGCUUCUGUCUGAGGAUACGAAAGACUUCAAGCUAGCAGAGUACUCAGCAAGCUUCUGGAUACACCAUGCGCAGGGCACGGACGAGGAGACAGAAGAGUUCAGUCAUGCAGCAAUGGAUCUGUUACUGGAGAGAAACGACGCGUAUCUGAACUGGCUUCGGAUUCAUGAUCCAGCCAAACCAUGGGAGGGCUCUGAUUUUCGGAGGGACCCAGGAUCAGUUCCUGCUCCAUUGUAUUAUGUAAGCCGCUUUGGCUUGAGAAGAACAGCGGAGCUGCUGCUUGACAAAGACGCCGACGUCAACGCGCGUGGUGGAUACCCCAACGCACUCUACGCGGCUUCAUUUAGCGGCCACGAGCAGAUUGUGAGGCUGCUGCUCGACAAUGGCGCCGACGUCAACGCGCGGAGUACAAAAUACAACGCAAACGCACUCUACGCGGCUUCAUCUAGCGGCCACGAGCAGAUUCAACGCACUCCAGGCGGCUUCUAAAGGAGGCUAUGAGGCGAUUGUGAGGCUGCUGCUCGACAAUGGCGCCG